ACUCUCUAGACUCGACCACCGCUGCCCUCAAUAGUAGAGGCGUGGCCCCUAAAAUAAUGAAUUCUCUAUUAAAAUACUUGUUGAUACUUCUGGGACUUAUCUCACUUAUCAUCAAUAUCGUGCUGAUAUGCCUAAACUCAAACAGGCUCCCAAAAUGCAUGUCCCAGCCGCAAGAAUCCUUAAAAGUAAAGCAUUCAGAUAAAAGUCAGAUUUUUUCGGACCUAACAGCAGAGGAGUACAAGUCAGUUCGCGACUACAUGUGGGCUGAAAAAAGCCUCAAGAUUUCUCACGCAGCCACCGCAAAACCAUCCGAGAAUUUCAUCUUUUUGAUUGACCUUUUGCUCCCGAAGAAAGCUGAUGCGCUGCGGUACUUGGAUGCCAAUGGAGAGAAACCGCGACGGGAGGCUUCAGUUGUGGUGUUUUUUGGGGAGCACAGACACCUGAAGGAGUACGUGGUGGGACCUUUACCUGGACCACUGCAGCAUCGUGAUGUCACCAUGGAGAAGUACAAUACGACAAGUUUACCCUUCACGGCCCGUCCGGUAACAAUUGGAGAGUAUGCGGAAUUGUUCAAAUUCGUUGCUAAAGUUUUCAGAAGCAUAGAAAAACCACUCAGAGAAAGUUUUGGUUAUAUCCCCGGAAAGAAGGAAUUGUUGCCGUUUGAGGCUAUGCCAAGAGGUGUGAAGGUUGGUGACCGUAAAACCUGGAUAUCUUUUUUACGCGAUUACAGUGGCAUGUACCUCCAUCCCGUGGGCUUUGAAAUUCUGAUCUACCAUGAUAGCAGUAACUCGUCUGAUUGGACACUGCAGGGGUUGCAAUAUAAUGGACAAUACUUUCAAAACACUGACGAGUUUAAAACAAAAUAUGAAACUACAGAUGUAAAAAAAAUUGUCUACAAGGAAAUCCCGAAUUACGCAUCACUUAAGCCCAAAAUUAAACCAUCUGGUAUAGGACCACAACAGUAUUAUCUUAAAGGUAAACGUUAUAGCGUUAGAAACAACGAGGUGGUUUUUCUUGACUGGAGUUUUGCGUUUGGCUUGAGCUCCCUAACUGGCAUGAGAGUUUUUGAUAUUCGCUUUAAAGGAGAGAGGAUCGCUUACGAGCUGAGCGUGCAGGAGGCAAUGUCUGUCUACGGCUCUCUUACACCUGGCCUGAUGCUCACAAAGUUUCUGGACUCGAGUAUUGGCAUCGGUCGCUUUGCCCACGAGCUGGUGCGAGGGAUUGACUGUCCGUACGGUGCCACCUAUGUCGACACAUACCGUUAUAUUGAUACAAACGUCACGCUGCGCUCCAGAAACUCCAUCUGUGUUUUUGAGCAUGACAUCGGCCGGCCACUGAGACGACAUUUUGCAGAUUUCUUUCAUAAUGGUUUUGGUGGCAUGGCAAACAGUGCAUUAGUUUUCCGCACUAUUACCGCUAUAGGUAAUUACGAUUACGUAUGGGACUUUAUUUUUUAUCAAAGCGGCUCCGUGGAGGCGAGAGUUCACGCCACUGGUUACAUAACGUCCUCAUUUAAGAUAAAUGGAAAUCAGAAGUACGGCCACCAGGUUGCGGAAAACGUCAUUGGAAAUAUCCAUACACAUUUUAUCAACUUCAAAGUCGAUCUGGAUGUCUUGGGUGUGAAGAACAUGUUCCAGACUAAAGACAUGGUGUAUGAGGAGGUACCAUUGCCGUGGAUGCCAUCACAUAAAGCAAGGAUACCACAGCUGGUGGAGAACCAAAUCAAGACAGAGCAAGAGGCAGCACUGAAGUUUAACACCAAAAUGCCCCGUUAUCUUCAUAUAGCCAGCAACCGCACCAACCGCUGGGGCCACCAACGCUCUUACAGGCUUCAGGUGUUCAGUUUUGCUGGGGAUCCCCUUCCUGAAUCUGAGCCUGAGGAGAGGUCCAUGUCCUGGGCUCGGUAUAAAGUUGCUAUAACCAAGCAUAAAGAUAACGAGCAAACUAGCAGCAGCCUUUAUAGUCAGAAUUACAUGUUGUCUCCAUUUGUUGACUUCAGCAAAUAUAUCGCAGAUAACGAGAGCAUCGACAAUGAGGACCUGGUUGCCUGGGUGACCGCUGGAUUUCUUCACAUUCCUCAUGCAGAGGACAUCCCCAACACGGUUACCGUAGGCAAUGGCGGAGGCGUCCUCAUUAGGCCGCACAACUACUUUGAUAAUGAUCCAUCAGUCAACUCGCCUGAUGCAAUAUAUUUUAAACCAGGCUCUGAGAGUGACUGUGAGUACAACACAAUGGCCUGCUUGGAUAAGAAUACGUGCAGUUCAACACUGGAGCCAUUUACUUACCAUGGAUUUGAGGGAGUUAUGAAGUUUGAUUAGGGAUCUUCCUUUACAUUGUGAUAUGCUGCAUGUAUGAUGUUGCUAAAUUCUGAAGUAUCAUGCAGCAAAAUUAUAUUGUGAAUCUUCACUUACUUUUUGUUUGUCACUUAUUUAGACAAGUAAUCAUAGUUUAAAAAUGCUUUAGUUUUUUUAUAGAAAAUUAAUUAUGUGAUGUGAAAAAUAUUAUCACAAAUUUUCUUGGAUAAGUGCUUUCUUACACUUUUAGGGGUGGUUUCCUGGACAGGGUUUAGAUUAAUACAGGACUAGGUCUUAAUUAUAUUAGGACAUUAAAGUAGUUUUUACAAAAAUACUGGUAUGCAUACAGUAUUAAGACAAAACAAUAGUACUGAUGUAUGUUAAGAUAUGUCAGUGCAUGAAGUUUUUAAAAUUGGCAGCUCAAACAUGCAUUUUAGUCUGGGACUAGGAUAAGUCCUGUCUGGGAUACCGCCCCUUUAAGUUUAGGAAAUUUGCAUACAUUUAGGUUUAAUACAUCCUUAAAACAAUGUAUAUUUUUUGUGUGUGUCAUUUUUAUUAUACUUUUGUACAAUAAAAUCUUUCUAAAGAUUUAGAGAGAUUAAAUUAGACUGUGAAAACACCUUUCAAAACCACUCUUAUACUUUUAUUUAUAAAAAAUAUUCAUCCAUCCAAUAAAAUGUCAAGGGUGACUAUU